AAUAUAGAAACAAAUCAUUAAGCUAUUUGUUAUGGCUUUUCCCCUCUUUAGAUCAGUUUCCGAGCAAGAGGAUAAACUUCUUCUACAAGAAAAUGGACUACAAAACGCUACCGUUGGCUGAAUGGAGUGAGUCUCAUGUUAGAUGCUGGCUAGAAUCUAUUGGAAUUAAGAAAGAAUAUGUAGAAAAGCUCUGUGAAGAGGAAGUGACUGGCCCCGUGCUCAAAGAAUUAGAUGAACCUUUCCUCAAAAGCAUGGGUAUGAAAGGAGGCCAAAUCCACAUAAUAACACGGAAAAGAAAUGAACUUUUGGAACAUUUGCAGAAAAAUGCAGGGGUAGACUCAGCCCAAGCAAAUAAUCCCAGCAUUAAGGCUUCAGAAGUGUUGGGUUCUGAUAUUACUACCAAUGAUGAUAAAACGAGAGUAAAAAACAGGAAUUCAGCUUUGUUUAUGAAGGCUAAUGCAGCAACUGAAAAGACAGACAGUGAUUUAAAGGCCCUCAGCAUCAAACAGCCCGAAAGUUUUCAUGUAACAUCUUACCAGAAGGGAUCUGCAGAAACACACAACUCUGGGGCAGUAGAAGAGACUGGUAAGGAGCACACAGAAAAAACAAUGUCUACUUUUUGCAGGAGAGGAAGUAGAAAAAGUCGUUCCUUACAUGAAAAUACAGUUGAAUCAUUAACUCUGAGCAAAUUCAGGCAAUUUAAAAAUGAAGACAUUAAUUUUAAAUACGUGAAAAACAGAAUUCUUGCUCCGGAAACUGGAGUCAUAGAUUUGAUCACCCCUUGCCAUGAAUACAAAUCUUUUACAACUGCUGCAAAGCUGGAUAGGCAACGACUGCAAGCAAAGUUUGCCUAUGAAGUGAUUAGAUAUGCCUCAGCCUGCAUGAAUGUUCGAACAAAUGGCACAAUACACUUUGGUGUAAUGGACAGUGUUGAAGACAAGGGCUGGAAACACGGACAGAUAGCUGGCAUACCAGUCAGAGACAGAGACAUCUAUGUAGAUGCAUUAGAUUACAUUGAAAAAUGUUUUGAACCAUCUCAACAAGAAGCUGCAAGAAAUUGCAUUCACCCUCCUAUUUUUACUGAAGUGAUUCAGAAAGACUCUCAAGAACAAUACUUUGUGGUAGAGGUUGACAUUGAACCAUCAUCCAGUACAGUGAAGGGGAAGAUCUUUCAAGUACGCUUACCUAGAUUUAACGAACAGAGUAAUAAGGUGAACUUGGACAAAAUGUCAGUUCUCUAUCAAAGAGUGGGAACAAAGUCUGAGCCUGUAAAGAAUGAAGAACUAGUGGCUUUUAUUCAGGGUUUACAAGAGAAGGAUGUCAGAAGGGAAAAGGCUGAGUCCUCCAGUAGUGAGGACCCUAUGGAAAUUUCUGAAAAUUUAGGGCGGAAGUUAUCAGUCCUAUUCACUGAUGGCAAGAACUAUAUGAAUGAUUCUCUAUUGUACAUUCUUGUCACAAACAGGUGUGGAAAAGAAGAUCUGAAAUCUGUCAAAUUUUUAAUGCGCAUGAAUAUUUUCUGUGUGUUUGAUUUUGAUGAGGAUUCCAGUGUGUCAGGUUUAUAUGCCAAGUACAAAGAGCAUCAUGAAACAAGGUCACAUUUCUUGCAAAAUUAUGCCAAUGAAAACAAGAUGAGCACCACUGAAUUUCAAAAACAUUUGGGCCUAUUUGAUCACACCAGCUGGAUAUUUUGCAAUGGACGCAGUGACUUUCUUGGGAAUGAAAAACCUUGUGAUGAAGACACUUGGAUUAGAACUAAAAAGAAGUAUCUUAAGAAAGCCAUUUCAUUUAUCUGUGAUGAAAUCCUUCCUAAGGGAUCUUUUGUGGUACUUUUCCUCCUCUUAUCACCUGUGGAGAAGCCAAUUGUAGACACUUUCCAGGAAUUCUAUACAGAAAUGAAUGGUAUGGAUUAUAUCAUAUGCAUUGCAGAGUCCAAAGAAAAUUAUGAGAAGUGGGCUAACCUGGCUCAGGCAUCUUGUAACAUUGAGACACUAGAACAGAGAAGCAUUGUGGGCAUGAAGCUAAGUCACGUAGAUGCCACUAUUCAAAAAAUGCUGCCAUCUGCAAUAUGUCCCAGACAUUUACCCGUUUCCACAAAAGGUCUGUGUGUGCUUCCAACUCUGGAAGAAGAAAAAAUGUCUUCCCUUGAAAUAUUGUGUGCAGAUCAAUGUGAUGAUAUCAAACUGGAUCUUCUGAGCACAAAAGAAAUACAAGAGAUAGAACGAACAUUUUACCAAGGUAGAAAAGUCAGCUGGAAAAAUUUCUGGCUUGCUGAUAAAGGGAGCUGUGGAGAAGUCAUUGAACGUGAUGCCUGCAGAGAUGUUCAUAAAAUCUUAGAUGGCACUUUGCAUGAGAACAGGAUCAGGGGGUCUGUGGCUAAACUAAAAAUAUUUCAUCAACCUGGAAGUGGAGGAAGCACCAUUGCAAGGCAAGUACUAUGGAAAAGAAGAAAAGAUUUAAGAUGUGCUGUGGUCAGAUCCUCAUAUCCAGUUGCAACUGUCUCCCAACAUGCAGUUAAUUUUAGAGAAUAUGAUGAAAAUGACAUGAAGAAUUCUCUCCCAGUCCUCCUCCUUGUUGAAGACUAUGAUGAAGAUUAUCUAGAUGACUUAAAGAAUGAUUUAAUGGAUGCAAUGACAGCUAGAAGAGGUCAUUCAUCCAAGCCUUGUUUCAUCCUCAUGUGCUGUAAACGAUCUAAUGUCCCUGAAAAGCUUUGCAAAGAUUCUCCUCUCGAUACAGUUGCUGUCACUCACAAACUAUCAGAACAAGAGAAACACCUGUUUAAAACCAAAAUUGAAAAGCUUGAAAAGCAGAAAGACUUCAAGCCUGAAUUUAUAAUUACGUUUGUCCUGAUGAGUAAGGAGUUUAAAGAAACAUAUGUCACGGAAUUUGUAGAGCACUGGAAGGAAGGCAUAGACCCUUCCUCCCUUGUUACUAAUUUGAUGAAGUAUGUUGCUUUGCUCAAUUCCUAUGUACAUGGUUCAUACAUUUCAUUAUCACACUGUGAAGCUUUCCUGGGGCUGGGGUCAUAUACAGAAAAGAGAGAGUAUGAUUUCAGAAACAACUUAAGUGAACAGGCAAGAUUUAUUUUCAUUGAAUUAAGAGCAAAUACCACCUAUAUUUCAUGUGUCAAAAUAAUACAUCACCUGGUUGCUAAGGAAAUUCUGCACCAACUCUCAGGAAAUCAGCCUCAAAGUCAAAUUGCAAUGAAUCUUCUCCAGGAAAAAAUGCUUUUUCAGCACAGAUUUGGACGAGAAGAGUUCAUAAAAUUCAUCAGAGAUCUGUUUAUACGACGUGACAAGAAGAGCAGGGGAGACAAUACUGACAGCCUCUUCUCUCCAUUCAUUGAGCAUGUCUGUAAGGUUGAAAACUGUGAAAAAGCUAUAGAGGUUUUAAAAACUGCAUACGAAUGCCUGGGAAAAGAUGCCUACUUUGCCCAGCAACUUGCUCGAUUGCAUUACAAUCAUGAAAAAUUUGAGGAUGCAGAAUAUUGGGCAGGGGUAGCCAAAUCUCAUUUGCCACAUGAUUCUUUUAUUUUGGAUACAGAAGGUCAAGUGUACAAGAAAUGGUUUAAUUUUACUGUGGACAAAAAGACAGAUGAAGCCACUCCUAGUGAAGUCAUUGAAAUGAUAGAAAUUGCCCUUAAAGCUAUGAAAUGCUUCAGGGCUGCACAAUGGGCUGCAAAGUCAGAGAUCGACAGCAUGAACAAUGCUGGUUAUUUUGGAGAAGUUGAAGUGGGAUGUCGUCUACUAAAAUUUCUGUCUACACUUAAGGUAUUUCCCAGAAACACACAAGGGGAACAUCCUGAGCUUGUGCGUUAUUUGCUAACAGACUACAUUCCUGAGGAAAUUAAAAAACCCUGGGGAAAGCUUCACAGUCGUUUAAAAGGCUUACAUCAGAACAUUUAUAAUGCUCUGGAGUGGAUUUCAGAAGAUCUAAGUUACUUCCAAACAGAUAAAAACCAGAACAAAGAAAAUGAGGCAGAGGAGAAAGAAGAACAAGUUUACAAUCCCAGAAAGUGGUUGAAAAGGCAGUCUGAGGUGUAUGCCAAAUUCUUUACCUCAGACUCCCUUACUGUGGUAAUAAAAGGAGGACCUGAAACCCAGCUAGUUAAAAGCAUGAACAUUUAUAAGUAUGGUGGUGGCAGUGUCAUUACCAUUCUUUCAUUGUUGUCAGAUUCAAACGAUGAGAGGUCAGUUAAUAAGCUAGAAAAAAUAAUUAGCUUAUACCCUGAAGACCCACAGAAGGGAAGCUUGGAGGACAUUGAUCUCAUCAAUUACAUUUUGUGUCACAUUGCACUAGCAUGUUUGUCUCCAGGAUCUUCCAAACUUCUUCCUUUUCAAACACUUAGAGAGCUCAGCAAUAGAUUCUUUAAACAGAGAAGAACAGCAUUUCCAGCAAGUGCCCAUUUUUUGCUCACCUUACUGUACUGGCCAGAUGAUGCAUUAGACAGAGAGUCUAAUCCGGAUAAAAAUGAUAUUCUCAUUGCUGCUCUUCAGUCCAUGAAGCACUUAUAUGACAUCAAGAUGAAAAACAUUGCUCCAAGAAAAAAGAGAAUCUACACUCAUUUUUUCCUGGGAAAAGGCAACAGUCUAGGAAAGUUUGUGCACAAGACUAGGAUUGAUAAAUUAAUUGAUGGCUCCCUAAAUGAACGACGAAUGAAGUGGCUACAUGGAGAUGUAUGGAAAAUAGGCAGAGUUCACAGUGUCUUAAAAAGAGUGAAUGGCUGGACAGAAAAAGGAAAAGUAUUUGCGCGGGGUCAUGUUGGGCAGAUUCAUAUUUUGCCUUUACAUUUUGAUUCAGUGCCUCCAGGAAAUGAAAAUGUGACAUUUUAUUUAGGAUUUUCAUUUAGUGGGCUUGUUGCCUAUGACAUUCAGGUAAAAAAAUAAAACAAUCUGCUCCAAAAAAUAAGGUACUUAGUGCAUUAAGUUGAGAUUCCCACUGGACUGAAAACAUUGCAAGAUAUUAAAGUUUUUUUUUCCUGUUACAUUCUGAAAAGAACGUACAGCAAAAAUAAGUCCAACUGUCCAAAAUGAGUAAUAAAUCUUUUUCUUAGAGCAAGUACAACCAAAAUUCUGACAUAGUGUCAUUAGUGUCAACUGCCAUAUGCAAUUUUCAAGUCACUGUUUUGUAUCUGAAUACUUUGUUUCAAUGUAGCUGUCAUGAUUCAAUUCCCCCUUAGGAAAUUUUUAAGUUAUUGUCUCUUAGAAAGAAUGAAAAAACUGGAUAUUCAACAUAGAGAGGCUUCAUCCUUUAUUUGUAUAAAACUGAAAUGAUAUGUAAGUUUUCAUAAUCAAUAACGGAAACUUAGAAAUAUGAGCCAGCACUUAUAAGAAGAAGAGUAGUGAUGGAGCUGCUCCAAGAUCUUGAAUGCUAGGAAAUCCUUUUAAAAUCUGUAAUCAUGGUGACUGAGCUAUUUUUGGUGAUAGAAUCAUAGAAGAUUAGGGUUGGAAGAGACCUCAGGAUGUCAGCUAGUCCAA